AUGCUGAACGAGAACAUGGAUGAAGUUGUCCUCGUCAAAGGCUGGAAGAAGAGCGCCAAUUGGAGUUUUCCCAGGGGAAAGAUCAACAAGGACGAGAACGACCUUGAUUGUGCGGUGCGAGAAGUUUACGAAGAGACAGGCUUUGAUAUCCGCGCUGCCGGCUUAGUGAAAGAUGAGAAGGACAUGAAAUAUAUUGAGGUGACCAUGCGCGAGCAGCACAUGAGGCUAUACGUCUUCCGUGGCGUCCCCAAGGACACGUACUUUGAACCAAAAACCCGAAAGGAAAUCAGCAAGAUUGAGUGGUACAAGCUCACCGACCUGCCCACCCUCAAGAAGAGUCGGCAACAUGAGGGGAGUGGAACGGAUCAGCCAGCUGUAAAUGCCAACAAGUUCUACAUGGUGGCACCCUUCUUGAACCCUCUCAAGAAAUGGAUUGCUCAACAGCGAAAGAAGGAGAAUCGAUACAGCUCACAUCUAUCGGCCCCGCCCAUGGUGUUAGAGGAGGUCACCACCGAGGACGAUCAGGACACCAACGGCGCUGGGGCAAGACUGACAGAGAGUGGUACUCCUGUCAUCAGUGAUCUGCCUGAAGUUUCUGCCCCUGUCGCUCUAGAUCCAUCAUCGCACCUGAGGAAAUUCCUCAGCAUUGGCCAGCCAUCAACUGCUCUACUGGAGACUGCACCACAACCUAGUCACAUGCAGAAAGUCGAUACUGAAAAGUCAAAUGCUCUUUUGGCACUGCUCCGCGGUUCGACAGUGGCCUCGAUGCAUGGAGAACCUAAACCUCCAUUUGAACAAGUCCUCUCCCAGCCAGAGGUGCAAAGGUCUCCGCAUGCGUCCCAUACCCGCCAUACUCUUGUAGACCAAGAAAAACCGCCACCAGUAUUUCAGACCUCACAAACAAGCGACCGCUAUCCAGCGGUGCAAGAUGCAGGUAUACGCGACCAGGGCUACGCUCAAGCUCCCCAAGCUCCGGCCCCGUAUCAACAGACUGGAGAUCCCCAAUUUGCUCGGCCGUCCUUGAAUCAAGCACGAACUACAAUGGUACCUCCUGCUAGUGCCUUGCCAAAAUUGACGAAUCAUACAAAGGCAUUACUGGAUGUCUUCAAGGGCGCCACCAAACCAGCAGAACCGCCUUUAUCCAAUACAUCGCACUCACUUUCACAAGGCCUGCUUGGCUCCCCGGCCUCCAUCAUGCCUCGAACUGAAUAUGGACAACAGAGUGGUGGACCGACGCAACGGAGCUCACAGUUUUCAACUGGAGGGGACCAGAGGCACAACCGCCCCACAACUCCAGCUCCGCUUGCAAAUUUCCACUUAUCACCGAUCGAAAAGUCCCAAAGUCAGGCAAGCCCGGCUACCGUGGUCCACAGACCCGACAAUGUUCAACGAGCAUCCUUGCUCAAUUUGUUCAGUCAGCCAUCCCAAACAUCGGCCGCUGGGGCUGCUGCAUUGCAGGCACUUGCUCGAGAACAAGGUAUGCCAGCCGAACUGGCAGCAACUGGGGCGUCUGGCGUACAACGGAGCCCGCAACCUACGCAAAACGACCCUCUCCUAAUCUUGCUUAGGCAAGGAAACCAAGAGCAAAAACCCAAAGCUUCGAAUCGGCCAAUGCCUCGAGAAGGGGAGACAUCGGCGACCAUCAGCGGGCCUCUUAAUCAGCCGGAAUUCGAAGCUGUGUCUCGUACGACGAAGCACGUUAGUAAUGACUUGGGACGGAGUCCAUUGACCUCAAAUCGUACUUUGUUUGAUCCAAAGCAGCCUACUCCGAUCAAGAUCUUGACAAAGCCAGAAGAGCAGCGGCAGGGCUUGCCUCGCUCGCCACGAGGGCCAAAACCAACGACCAAGAGGACAACUUUGGAAAGGUCGACACCAAAAGCACCCGUGAAGGCUUUCCAGCCGCAAAUUCUUCGACGCCCACAGACAAUCGAGACUUCAGAUCCGGCAGAUGAAACCAAUCAGCCAACCAAUCAGCCAAGCACUGAUAUGAGACCUGUCGCUUUGGUGCAGAAUACGAACCAAGAGAUGCCAGGCAUUCUCACACCGUCUCAAGACACCCCUCGUUCCGACGCCCAUAAGCAGACAUUACUGUCUUUGUUCGGCAGAGCGGAAAGCACACCCAAGGCGCCGAUAGGACGGGGGCGUUUUGGAACAGUAUCGCCAUUAUCGUCAAGUCAAGUCCUUAGCCCGAAUACAGAGGUACCGUUGUCUGGAAUUGAAGCCAUCUCUACGAGGACAUCCCGAGUGGGAAGUUUGACAUCAACGAGCAGUGGACCCGCUGUUGGACGACCAGCGAAUGAAAAACGACAAACGGCGGCAGAAAACAAAGCAUUCCUUUUAGGAUAUCUAGGCCGAAUUGCCAAUCAAGAAACUUGA